AUGACCAGUUCAGAUGGAAUGACAUCAGUCAGUAACCAGAGAAAUAAAAUAGUCCUUUUGGGAGAACAGAGUGCUGGGAAAACUUCCAUCGUUACUAGAUUCGUGUACGACCACUAUAUACCAGCUUACGCGGCAACUAUCGGUAUUGAUUUUUUGAGUAAAGUUGUCACCGUCAACCAGAGGACUAUGCGUCUCCAGCUGUGGGAUACAGCUGGACAGGAAAGGUUCAGGUCGCUGAUGCCGAGUUAUAUACGAGAUUCCUCUUCAGCAAUCGUUGUAUACGAUAUCACAAACAGAGAGUCUUUCGAGAGGACCAGGAACUGGAUUAAAGAUAUAAAAGAUAUGAGAGGGGACAAAGCUGUUAUAGUUGUGGUUGGAAAUAAAACAGAUUUAUUAGAUAAAAGGACUGUUUCCUUUGAGGAAGGGGAAAGUCUCGCUAAGGAGAUGAAUUGCUUUUUCCGGGAGACUAGUGCUAAAAAUGGAGAUAAUGUACAGGAAUUAUUUACACUAGUGGCAAGCGAAUUGCUCAAGACAAUCGAACCAGAACCAGUCAACGAUAGACUGGUGGACAUUGAUUUAAGGCCCUCAGCACCAAGCGAAAAUACAGGUUGUGUGGGUCGAAGCUCUGUAGGAUUUUCUAGUUUAACUAAGAUGUGUCAACGAAACUAG